UGAGCGCUUCCUUGUCAAGAUGGCGGCUCCCUUGACUCUACUUUUGAUUGUAGCUGUUACGAUCCGCGCGGCUCUGUACAGAUCCAGUCUAGCGGACUUAAUAUCGGAGCGGGUCGAAGUGGUAUCUCCGUUAACGGCCUGGAAGAGAGUUGUUGAAGGUUUGGCCCUGCUCGACCUCGGAGUGUCACCAUACUCUGGAGAUGUUUUCCACGAGACUCCUCUCAUCAUUUACCUUUUCCACUUUGUGGUCGACUACGCAGAGAUCACGUUCAUGUUAGCCGAUGUGAUCACUGCUGUGGCGCUCUACAUGGCAGUGAUGGACUACAACAAACAAGUGUUCAGGAAGCAGAAGUUUGCUCUGGAGGCGGACCGUUACCCCCACGACUGUCUGGAGCUCAUCAGGACUCCUAAAGAGAUGUACUACAUCCCUCUGAAGGUCGCCAUGUUCUACCUGUUGAACCCAUUCACCAUCCUGUCCUGCGUCGCCAAGUCAACCUGCGGCCUGAACAACGCCGUCAUCUCCCUCUUCAUUCUCUCCACGAUAAAAGGAAACGUCUUACUGAGCGCCGUGUUUCUGUCUUUGGCGACGUAUCAGUCCAUCUAUCCUCUGACUCUGUGCGCUCCGGCUCUGCUCUACCUCAUGCAGCGUCAGUACAUCCCGGUGAACUUCCGGCGAGCGAGUUUCUGGUGGUUCAUGGCUCAGUACGGCUUCAUGUACCUGGGCAGCCUCUCCGUCAUCGUCUGCCUCUCCUUCUUCCUGCUCGGCUCGUGGGACUACCUGCCGUCUGUCUACGGCUUCAUUCUCUCCGUGCCCGAUCUGACCCCAAACAUCGGCCUCUUCUGGUAUUUCUUCGCCGAGAUGUUCGAACACUUCCGCCUGUUCUUCCUCUGCGUAUUCCAGAUCAACGUCUUCUUCUACACCAUCCCGCUGUCUGUCAAACUCAAGGAGCACCCAGUGUUUCUGAUCUUCAUGCAGUUAGCCGUGAUCUCCAUCUUUAAGUCAUACCCCACAGUGGGAGAUAUCGCACUCUACAUGGCCUUCCUUCCUGUCUGGAGUCACCUGCACAGAUUCCUGAGGAACAUCUUCUUGGUGUCCUGCGUCCUGUUGGCGUGCUCUGCUCUGUUUCCCGUCCUCUGGCACCUCUGGAUCUACGCCGGCAGCGCCAACUCCAACUUCUACUACGCCAUCACGCUGCUCUUCAACGUGGCUCAGAUUCUGCUGGUGUCGGAUUAUUUCUACGCCUUCUUGAGGCGGGAGCAUCAUCUCACCUACGGACUGUACCUGAAGAGGAAAGACGGCUCAGAGGCCACGCUGGUCCUGAAAUAAAACGCCUGCUCUACCACACACACACACACACACACACACACACACACACACACACACACACACCUGUCUGACAGUCGGAGCAGAAACAAACAGCUGGAGGUCUGAUGUAUCCUCAAAGGGAUCAAACACAGACUGAGGAGGGUCAAAGACCUUCAGAGACACAUCGGGACGUGCGUAUCCGAUACGACGAUUUACGCAAACCGUGAGUCACAACACGACAGACACCUGCAGAGCCGGGACGCAGACAUGUGCUCUCGUUUUACGGGGAUUCUUUUGAAGCCUUUUUCCUCCUGACAGACUCUCUAGCAGACGUUGGCCUUGCUCACUGGAAAGCUCCGCCCCCUCACACACUUUCAUCAUGUUGUUUUAUGUUUGUGUUGAAGCUGAUUUAUAAAAGACGGGACUGAGA